GAUCCCUCUUCCUCACAAGAAAAGCUCCGUUCAUCCAGAUGCAGGACAUCAAGUUAUUUCAAUUUCAACUGUUUGCAUUGUUGACCGAGUAAGUUCAACAUUAAGGGUCUGAUCUUCAGGAAGAGAGAAAAGAACUUGAUUACGUUGACCGGAAUAUACCACCAAAAAUUAUUUUGGAGCGCGGCGUUGUCCUUGUCCAAACCUUUUUACGUUUUGUCGUCGAUAAUUCAAUAAUGAAUCACCAAUAGCGAUUAUUGUUUAGAUGGAAUAAAGCGAUUAUUAAUUCAAGAGCUGGACAAUAUGAAGGAGAAAUUGGUUCUUCUGACCCCAUAGCUGGAUCAUCAGUGUCGUCAACUUGUGACUGUGGUGGAAUAGCCGUUGGAACAAAUGUCCUUUUCAUUUCACGCCGUCCAUCCCUUUGCGCCGCCGCGCUCAUCUGGUGCUGAUUCAAUUGCUGCUAAUCACUCAAUUGAAAUCACAUGGACGCGGAAAAUUAAGUCAUCUAUUCAAAGGCUUUUUCUAUUUUGACGGUGUGUGAGAACAAAGUGCAUGCUUUACCGGAUAAUGGCUUCAUUUAUUGUCAGCAUGCAUACAGGUUACAUGGGAAUACAUCGCAUGUGACAAUUCCACAUGUCUGAAAAGGAGUAGGAAGAAGCUAGAGCUAUUUGGUGCGUACAUUUUUACAAGUUAUGCAUUAUGCAUAGAUUUAUAACUUUUUCCUUACCUUAGUCUUGUAGAAUUACUAGUGAUUUUUGGACUUUGACUAAGCCACUCCAAAGUCUCCAUUUGGUUUUUCAUCAGCCAUUCAGAGGUGGACUUGCUGGUGGGUUUUGGAUCAUUGUCCUGCUGCAGAACCCAAGUUUUGAGGUCACCAACAGAUGGCCGAAUUCAAGCUUCCAUUUAUCACAGCAAAACAGCAAAACAGCCCCAGACCAUCACACUACCGCCACCAUAUUUUACUGUUGUUUACUGUUGAGUUUUUUCGGAUGUUAUUGCGGGGUCUUUUGUGACCUCUUGAAUGAUGCUUCCAUUUAUCACAGCAAGUCUUCCUGGUCCUGAAACAGCAAAACAGCCCCAGACCAUCACACUACCGCCACCAUAUUUGACUGUUGCUAUGAUGUCAUAGUGAGACCUUGAGUUUUUUCGGAUGUUAUUGUGGGGUCUUUUGUGACCUCUUCAAUGAUGCUUCCAUUUAUCACACUACCGCCACCAUAUUUUACUGUUGCUAUGAUGUCAUAGUGAGACCUUGAGUUUUUUUUAGAUGUUAUUGUGGGGUCUUUUGUGACCUCUUGAAUGAUGCUUCCAUUUAUCACAGCAAGUCUUCCUGGUCCUGAAACAGCAAAACAGCCCCAGACCAUCACACUACCACCACCAUAUUUUACUGUUGCUAUGAUGUCAUAGUGAGACCUUCAGUUUUUUCGGAUGUUAUUAUGGGGCCUUUUGUGACCUCUUGAAUGUUGCUUCCAUUUAUCACAGCAAGUCUUCCUGGUCCUCAAACAGCAAAACAGCCCCAGACAUCACACUACCACCACCAUAUUUUACUGUUGCUAUGAUGUCAUAGUGAGACCUUCAGUUUUUUCGGAUGUUAUUGCGGGGUCUUUUGUGACCUCUUGAAUGAUGCUUCCAUUUAUCACAGCAAGGCUACCUGGUCCUGAAACAGCAAAACAGCCCCAGACCAUCACACUACCUCCACCAUAUUUUACUGUUGCUAUGAUGUCAUAGUGAGACCUUCAGUUUUUUUGAGAUAUUAUUGCGGGGUCUUUUGUGACCUCUUGAAUGAUGCUUCCAUUUAUCACAGCAAGUCUUCCUGGUCCUGAAACAGCAAAACAGCCCCAGACCAUCACACUACCGCCACCAUAUUUUACUGUUGCUAUGAUGUCAUAGUGAGACCUUCAGUUUUUUUGAGAUGUUAUUGUGGGGUCUUUUGUGACCUCUUGAAUGAUGCUUGCAUUUAUCACAGCAAGUCUUCCUGGUCCUGAAACAGCAAAACAGCCCCAGACCAUCACACUACCACCACCAUAUUUUACUGUUGCUAUGAUGUCAUAGUGAGACCUUCAGUUUUUUUUAGAUGUUAUUGCGGGGUCUUUUGUGACCUCUUGAAUGAUGCUUCCAUUUAUCACAGCAAGUCGUCCUGGUCCUGAAACAGCAAAACAGCCCCAGACCAUCACACUACCACCACCAUAUUUUACUGUUGCUAUGAUGUCAUAGUGAGACCUUCAGUUUUUUUGAGAUGUUAUUGUGGGGUCUUUUGUGACCUCUUGAAUGAUGCUUCCAUUUAUCACAGCAAGUCUUCCUGGUCCUGAAACAGCAAAACAGCCCCAGACCAUCACACUACCGCCACCAUAUUUUACUGUUGCUAUGAUGUCAUAGUGAGACCUUCAGUUUUUUUGAGAUGUUAUUGUGGGGUCUUUUGUGACCUCUUGAAUGAUGCUUGCAUUUAUCACAGCAAGUCUUCCUGGUCCUGAAACAGCAAAACAGCCCCAGACCAUCACACUACCACCACCAUAUUUUACUGUUGCUAUGAUGUCAUAGUGAGACCUUCAGUUUUUUUUAGAUGUUAUUGCGGGGUCUUUUGUGACCUCUUGAAUGAUGCUUCCAUUUAUCACAGCAAGUCGUCCUGGUCCUGAAACAGCAAAACAGCCCCAGACCAUCACACUACCACCACCAUAUUUUACUGUUGCUAUGAUGUCAUAGUGAGACCUUCAGUUUUUUGAGAUGUUAUUGUGGGGUCUUUUGUGACCUCUUGAAUGGUGCUUCCAUUUAUCACAGCAAGUCUUCCUGGUCCUGAAACAGCAAAACAGCCCCAGACCAUCACACUACCACCACCAUAUUUUACUGUUGCUAUGAUGUCAUAGUGAGACCUUCAGUUUUUUUUAGAUGUUAUUGCGGGGUCUUUUGUGACCUCUUGAAUGAUGCUUCCAUUUAUCACAGCAAGUCUUCCUGGUCCUGAAACAGCAAAACAGCCCCAGACCAUCACACUACCACCACCAUAUUUUACUGUUACUUUUUUUUUGGCAAAAUUGAGCUCUUUUUGUUCAGCAGUGGUUUUGGUCUUGGAAUGGCGGAGUCAUAGUGAGACUUUGUUUUUUGGAUGUUAUUGCGGGGUCUUUUGUGACCUCUUGAAUGAGUCGUCGCUGCUCUCUUGAGGUCAUUUUGGUCCUCCUGGGAAGUUUCACCACAGUUUAAUGUUUUUUUUGGCAUUCGUGGAUAAUGGCUCUCCCUGUGGUUUGCUGGAGUCCCAAAUCUUGAUCUAGAAAUGGCUGGUAGAUCUCAAUUAACCCCAAAAGAGGAAAUAUUAUUUAGUGCGUUAAUUAAAUGAACACAACAACUGUUAAAUUUGCGAGACCACCGGAGGUCAAAGGUUAACCUUUUUGAAAAAGCGAUGCCACCUGUUUCUUAAAAGGCUAGUAAAGUGAAAGAGUAACCAAGCUGAGGUUCUUGUGCCUCAAAUGAAGUCAGAUGUUGACUUCAGGAUUAAAAAAAAAAAAAAAAAGUAUUAAGAAAGUCUCGGAAAGUAUCGGAAAGUCGUGCAUGGCACCAACUGUUUAGAUGUUCAAUUUCCAUGCUCAUCCCAGAAGGAAAAAAAAAAAGCAUCUGAGCUUUGUUUCCCAAUUAUUUGCAUAAUUCACUUUGAUGGGUGAAGACUCGUCCCAAUUCCCCCCUUUGCUUCUCUUGUAUGUGGCGAUUACACAAAAGAGCAGUUUCCUGCUCCGUGCGGACUACCAAGAAGGGGACUAUCAAAGAGAAGCAGUCGGCUUUCAAGUCAGGACCCCCUUUCGAUUGUGUUACUGAUUGGUUCCAGGUUGACUGACGCAACCAGUCCAGGGUGUACCCCGUCUCUCACCCGAAGACAGCUGGGAUAGGCUCCAGCACCCCCCACGACCCUCGUGAGGAAAAAGCGGUAGAAAAUGAAUGAAUGAAUGUCUUGUGAGUGCCAAAAACCAGAAAAAUCUGCUGUAAUUUCACAAGAAUAAAGUCAAAAUAUUAAAGGAAAAUUUUAAUAUAAAGAAUAAAUUUUACAUAUUACAGAUUUUGUUGUAAUUUUAUGAGAAACAAGAGCUUUAUGAGAAACAAAAGUGAAAAUAUGGGAGUAAAGUCAUCAUUUUGAGAAAAAGAUUUACGAAAAGUUGAAAUAGUUAAAAAAAAAAAGCAUAAAAUAAAAGUUACAUAAAACAAAAAAAAAUCACAUUUUAAACAGUCAAAGAUCAUAAUCAGGAAAAUUGAUUUAAUUAGCAAGGAGUUGAAACAUUAAAGCAAAAUGUUUUUUUUAAGGUUGACUGAUGCAACCAGUCCAGGGUGUACCCCGUCUCUCGCCUGAAGACAGCUGGGAUAGGCUCCAGCACCCCCCGCGACCCUCGUGAGGAAAAGCGGUAGAAAAUGAAUGAAUGAAUGAAUGAAUGAAUGACACUAACGUCAUGAACCCCCCCAGACCUCCUUUCCCUCCUCCCCUUCCCUACCUUUCAUUCCUUUAUGGCAACAACCCUGUGAUAUGCAUCGUCCUUGAUGGCGUGGAAUCAUUGUUGCAUCAUCCUUGAUCGCGUGGAAUCAUCAUCACAUAGUCUUUGAUGGCAUUUCUCAUAAGUCCACCGAGAGGAGGAGCUAUCACCAGAUUGUUAGCAACCUCGGAGUUGUUCACUUCAAUGUUCGUGUAAGAUAGAAUUUCCUGUUUUUUGACCGUUUUUUUGUUUUUUUUCGGGCGCAUCUUUGGCCUGCUAUCGUGGAUUUCCUUUUCCCCCUAUCCUUGAAGUCAGAGCUUAACUCACACAAAGACUUCAACCCACAACCCCAACAGAAAGAACGCUGUGGUCAAACAACAUGGACUCCGAGGAAGUAUUGGGCGCUCACGAACAACUCCUCGGACAUCAUUCCGAUAUCCUUCAAAGCUUAACCCAGUCCAGUCAAAGUCUAAAGGAGACCAACAAAGCCAUGCUAGCUCAAAUCACAGAAUCAACUCGCAGGUUCUCCGAGACCACUACCAAGAGCGAUAGGCCCUCCGGAUUAGUCUCCGAGGCAUCGGUAUCCGGGGAGUCUUGUGCCACCCAACCGGUACCAUUUACCGGUGAGUUCAAUAAGUGCCGAGGAUUUUUGCUGCAAUGUCGACUCGUGUUUGGACAGAAACCCGAUGCCUUUUUGGAUGAGGAAAGUAAAGUCAGUUAUGUAUUUGGUUUCCUACGGGAGCGAGCAUUGGCAUGGGCAGAGACCCUGUACUUUUCCCGAGGUUUACCGAUUUCGUUUGAUGAGCUGUCCCAAGAAAUGGAAGCUGUCUUCCACCAUCCUGACUCUUUGGGAAUAACAGAAGGUGGACUCCUAGCCCUUCGCCAAGGAUCCCGAAGAGUGGCAGAUUAUGCGUUAGACUUUUGGACAUUAGCAGCAGAGUCAGGAUGGAACGAAAAAGCCCUCCGACAGGCGUUCAUCAAUGGGCUAACCGAGACCCUAAAGGAUGAAUUGGCAACCAGGGAUGAACCGGACAGCCUCAAGAGUCUUGUCUCUAUGAGCAUUCGCAUAGACGACCGUCUCCGGGAACGGAAUAGAAAUCGAGUGUCACGUUCUCCGUUUCCCUUAAGUUCUGGAGCACACGAGAACCGCCAACCUUCCAGCCCAAGUUUGAGUCCAAGUUCUUUGGGAAUAACAGAAGGUGGACUCCUAGCCCUUCGCCAAGGAUCCCGAAGAGUGGCAGAUUAUGCGUUAGACUUUUGGACAUUAGCAGCAGAGUCAGGAUGGAACGAAAAAGCCCUCCGACAGGCGUUCAUCAAUGGGCUAACCGAGACCCUAAAGGAUGAAUUGGCAACCAGGGAUGAACCGGACAGCCUCAAGAGUCUUGUCUCUAUGAGCAUUCGCAUAGACGACCGUCUCCGGGAACGGAAUAGAAAUCGAGUGUCACGUUCUCCGUUUCCCUUAAGUUCUGGAGCACACGAGAACCGCCAACCUUCCAGCCCAAGUUUCAGUCCAAGUUCUUUGGGAAUAACAGAAGGCGGACUCCUAGCCCUUCGCCAAGGAUCCCGAAGAGUGGCAGAUUAUGCCUUAGACUUUUGGACAUUAGCAGCAGAGUCGGGAUGGAACGAAAAAGCCCUCAGACAGGCAUUCGUCAAUGGGCUAACCGAGACCCUAAAGGAUGAAUUGGCAACCAGGGAUGAACCGGACAGCCUCAAGAGUCUUGUCUCGAUGAGCAUUCGUAUAGAUGACCGUCUCCGGGAACGGAAUAGAAAUCGAAAGUCACAUCCUCCGUUUCCCUUAAGUUCUGGAGCACACGAGAACCGCCAACCUUCCAGUCCAAGUUUCAAUCAACGUACACAAGAGGAACCAACGCAACUUAGACAAGCAAAACUAACCCCUGAAGAACGGAGACGUAGACUACAGGCUGGGGAGUGCCUGUACUGUUCCAGUCCCGACCAUUUCCGACGAGAUUGUCCUAAACGUAAACCACAUCCCGACGUGAAGGUGGGAGCCCCGUCAAAAGAAGCAAGCUCAAAGAAGGUCCCCUUUAAACGCCUGACCUUGUUCACCCAACUCCGGUUUGGUAAUGAGUCCCGACCAGUGUUAGCCCUUGUGGACUCUGGAGCAGAGUGUAAUUUCAUAGACGCCAAUAUGGCUGCUGAUCUUGGUGUGCCACUCAAACCGUUAGGAACUGGAUUUGUUGCUCAGGAUCUGGGUGGUCGUCAUCUGGCCACACCUGCCCAGGAGUCCAAACUUCAAGCCCACCCUGAACGUGCCAAGCGGGUCUGGAAAGAAGCUGGCGCGGCCAUGCUGAGAACAUCGGAGGAAAAUAAGAGGUUGGCAGACAGACGUCACAUCCCGGCCCCACAAUACGCUCCCGGGCAGAGCGUUUGGCUCUCUUCCGAAAACAUUCCCAUCAAGACUAAUGCCCGUAAACUCUCUUCCCGGUUUCUGGGUCCAUUUCCCAUUGAAAAGAUUGUCAGUCCUUCGGUGGUGAGGCUCAGGUUGCCACCCGGCCUACAGGUACACCCAGUAUUCCAUGUCUCCCAAAUCCAUCCUGUUUCGACCAGCCCUCUGGCCCCUCCUUCGGAACCCCCACCUCCUGUCCGCUUCAGUGAUGACCAUUCGGCCUUCACCGUCCGACGUAUCCUGGAUGUUCGUCGGAAAGGGAAGGGCUACCAGUACCUAGUGGACUGGGAGGGUUACGGCCAGGAAGAGCGUUGUUGGAUACCCCGCUCUUCCAUUUUAGACCCUGACCUUGUCCGUGACUUCCAUCAUUCCCAUCCGGACAAGCCUGGAGGGUCGCCCGGAUGCGACUCUUAAAGGUGGGGGGUACUGUCAGGACCCCCACCCUUAGAGUCUGGGGGUGGGGGUCCUCCAGACCCCAAGGGUGGGGGGUGCUGUCAGGAUCCCCUCCCCCAGAUCCCAAGGGUUGGGGGUACUGUCAGGGUCCCCUCCCCCAGAUCCCACGGGUGGGGGGUACUGUCAGGAUCCCCUCCCCCAGAUCCCAAGGGUGGGGGGUACUGUCAGGAUGCCCUCCCCCAGAUCCCAAGGGUGGGGGUACUGUCAGGAUCCGCUCCCCCAGACCCCAAGGGUGGGGGGUACUGUCAGGACCCCCCCUCUCCCAGACCCCAAGGGUGGGGGGUACUGUCAGGAACCCCCCUCUCGCAGACCCCAAGGGUGGGGGGUACUGUCAGGACCCCCCCCUCUCUCAGACCCCAAGGGUGGGGGGUACUGUCAUGAACCCCCCUCUCUCAGACCCCAAGGGUGGGGGGUACUGUCAGGAACCCCCCUCUCUCAGACCCCAAGGGUGGGGGGUACUGUCAGGAACCCCCCUUUCUCAGACCCCAAGGGUGGGGGGUACUGUCAGGACCCCCUCUCUCAGACCCCAAGGGUGGGGGGUACUGUCAGGAACCCCCCUCUCCCAGACCCCAAGGGUGGGGGGUACUGUCAAGAUCCUCUUCCCCAGACCCUCUUUUUCCCUCCUCUCCUUCCCUACCUUUCAUUCCCUUAUGGCAGCACCCUGUGCUAGUUGCAUCAUCCUUGACGGCAUCCCUUGGAAGUCCACCAAGAAGAUGAGACUUAACCAGAUUGUUAGCAACCUUCAAGCGUGGAAAACAUCUUUGACCUGCUGCUGUCUUUGUUAGCCUGCCGUCCUCUUUAAGCCCUACGAAGAUUUCCCUGUUCCUUAUCCUGGAAGUCAGAGCUUCAAUAAACCUUCUUCUUAACCCAGGCGAGUACACACAAAGAACUAUUGCGGACCUCCGGAUGGUUAAACUGGGCUGCGGUCACCGCCUGGGAUUCUGGUACUCCUCUUGACUGCAUGUCACUCUUGUGACCGUGUAUACAUAUGGUGCCGCAGCAGAGAAGACGUGAAGGAUGUCUGGCCUUUUAUUCAACGAGCUCCAUCACUGCCAGAGGAUAAAGACGAUACGACGUUUACAGUAGUGAUGCGUUCACGUGAUGUCAAAUAAAUUCGACAUUCUAUAUGAGUCCCCACUCAUAUGGAUCUUACGUGAUUCAUCAACUUUUUAACACAUCGUUGGUAAAAACUAAAAAUUUUAAUUUACACAAAUUACAUUUAUAGUUCACGUAGCCACCUCUGACGAGAUAGCGUAGCCAUUUCUGGAAAUGACGUCAUCAAGGUGACACCUCUAUGCAACAAAAACAUGGCGGCGUACGAGACAAGAGGAUGUUUACGGUGAUUAUAGCCAAGAUUUUUGAGUCAAUAGUUUUCGAGUAAUCGUUUUCUUAAUUAGCAUAAAGUGGUCUUUAUAGCCUUUUUUAUUGGGUAAAAUGCUGCCGUUAGCGCCCCCACGCCGUACCGUCAACAUAUCGCUUUGAAAAGAUGUUUAUAUAAUACGUAUAAACCUUGUUGCUAUCAUGGAAUAGUGUUUGACUUACUCUGUUCUGUGGUAACUUUGACGUUGUUUGGGUUUUUUUACUCCUCUGUACCAUACUGGAUACUGUAAACAUCCAGCAGCAACACAACAUUUUGGUAAAAAUGCAUUUAUAUCAUACUUUAUAGAGGUGGGCGUCCAUCUGCCUCAUGUUCUUUGCAUUUGUUUUGUCUAUUUUUGUUUUAAAACUUCCUGGUUUGGAAUUGAAAUCAGUCGGAUACUGUAAACAUCCAGCAGCAACAUGACAUUUUGGUAAAAAUGCAUUUCUGUUGUACUUUAUAGAGGUGGGUGUCCAUGUGCUUUUCGUUCUUUGCAUUUGUUUUGUCCAUUUUUGUUUUAAAACUUCCUGGUUUGGAAUUGAAAUCAGUCGGAUACUGUAAACAUCCAGCAGCAACACGACAUUUUGGUAAAAAUGCAUUUAUAUUGUACUUUAUAGAGGUGGGCGUCCAUCUGCCUCUUGUUCUUUGCAUUUGUUUUGUCCAUUUUUGUUUAAAAACUUCCUGGUUUGGAAUUGAAAUCAGUCGGAUUUGAUAAACAUCCAGCAGCAACACGACAUUUUGGUAAAAUGCAUUUAUAUCAUACUUUAUAGAGGUGGGCGUCCAUGUGCCUCUCGUUCUUUGCAUUUGUUUUGUCCAUUUUUGUUUUAAAACUUCCUGGUUUGGAAUUUAAAUCAGUCAGAUACUGUAAACAUCCAGCAGCAACACGACAUUUUGGUAUGACUGCUAUUUUACAUUCCCAAAACAUGCAUGUUAGGUUCAUUAGCAACUCAAAUUUGUCUAUGGUGUUAUAUGUGUACAAAAAUGUAUUUUCAUGUAAAACAACCAAAUUUUUAUUUUCUUAUUUUGAAACUCCUUAAGAUCCAACUGUUCAAAAUGUACAUUCUUGCAAUUUUAGUCUUAAAAUUUGGAUCAUGAGUGGCUGCUGAGUUAUGGUCAAAAAAGAUUUUUGUCACUGUGUCAAGAUGCUGGGCAUGCGCGUUGACGUCAUUUCCGUACAUUAGACAGCGACACCAUCUGCUGGUGACUCUGUGCUAUUACGUCCCGUAUUUCCGUUCCUAACAAAGACUCCUGUAGACGAAUGACUCAAUAAAUUACAUCGUAAAGCUACUGUCAUUUUACAUUUAAACGUUUUAUUGAGACUUGGAUGGUUUAUUGAAAGUAAAUUUUAAUGGUGUGGGUUUUUUUUAUUCCAAGAAUGUAGUAAUCGCAGUUAUUUUUUAAAUGAGUGGAGUAUUUGUUUAAAUGUGUUGAGUAUAAUUAAAUUUAUUUUGUUUUGAAAUAGCAUGUUAACAAUACCAAACAAAUGUUUUUAGUGGAACUCUAAUGUAGCGCAGGGGUGUUUAAAUUCCCUCCAUUGACUAUAAUGGGAAAAAAUAUCAAAGGAUCCGGAAGCCAUUUUGUAUUUUACAUUUUGGAUAAAACGUUAUAAAUGUUUUUUUUACUGUACGAGCCCUUUACCCC